CUCCUGAAAUGGUCACGAAGAAUUCUUGGGAAAACCCUGUUUACGAAAUUGAUGAAGGCCACAUUUUACGGUCAAUUUGUAGCAGGGGAGGACCAGGAAGACAUUAGACCAACCAUAGAGAAGAACAUGAAGUUUGGUGUGAAAUCCAUUCUGGAUUAUAGUGUGGAGAAGGAUUUGUCAUCGGAGGAAGCCAAGAAAGCAGAAAUGGAGAGUUGUACGUCCGACAUGCCAUCUGGUGAACUCCAAGAUCCUGAGAUCAAACGGUACCGGGCCCAUGAAGAGUUUGGUGACAGACGAGAGAAAGUGUUUGAGGCAAGAACCUAUUUCUAUAAAGAUGAGGCCGACUGCGACGAGAACAUGAACAUCUUCCUCAAUUGUAUCGAUGCCGUCUCUGGUAAGUUGGCGCUAUCGUUGUUAUUGUUGUU